GUGGUGGUGGUAAACGCUGUGAUUAUUGCCGCAUUGGCGCCGGUCGGUGACACGCGUCUGCACUUUGCCAUACAAUCUCAAAAUCCCAAUCGUUUUCGUUUAAUGUUUUAAUUGCAAUUUUGUGUUGUUAGUUAUUGUUUGAACACAUUUACAGCGUGUGAGCAAUUUGUCCUGUAUCACGCUUCUAUCCUGAAUAAUGGCUGAUCCUCUGGUCGUGGCGGCGAAAAAAGCCAAGUGGGAAGAAUGUCAGAAGAACGGCACUAAAAACGGAACCGUCGACUACGAUCUGGACGGUUAUUUCGAAAAAUGUAGACCUGACCUGCCGAGUCGCUGUACGUGGUCAAAAGAAUCGACUCAGGAUCAGUCGCCCCACGUUCAUAUGGGCAUCAAAAAUAAUGUUGGAAUAACGCCAAACAUUUUACACGCCAUUGGGAAUACACCUCUAGUAAGACUAAAUCGUAUACCUCAAUCUGAAGGCAUAGAAUGCGAAAUUUUGGCCAAAUGCGAGUUUUUAAAUCCUGGAGGAAGUACUAAAGAUCGGAUUGGAUGGAAAAUGGUCGAAGACGCUGAACAACAAGGAUUACUCAAACCGGGAAUGAGUAUUAUUGAGCCGUCUUCUGGAAAUACUGGAAUUGGCUUGGCAAUGGCUGCUGCAGUUAAAGGGUAUAAUUGCAUUGUAGUUAUGCCCAUGAAAAUGUCAAGUGAAAAAGUGGACGCUCUAAAGCUAUUGGGAGCGAAAAUUGUACGAACACCUACUGAAGCUGCAUUCGAUGAACCAGAAGGUUUAAUUAGAGUAGCUCAUAAAUUGCAUUUGGAAGAUCCUGAAAAUUCCAUAAUACUUGAUCAGUACCGCAAUAAGUAUAACCCAUUGGCUCAUUAUGACACAACAGCAAAAGAAAUAUUUGAGCAAACAGAGCACAAUGUGGAUGCAAUUGUAAUUGGUACUGGAACAGGCGGUACGAUGACGGGUAUCGGUCGCUAUUUCAAACAAGCGUUGGGAGAUAAAUGCCGUAUAAUAGCAGCUGAUCCUUACGGAAGCAUACUUGCAUUGCCAGAGAAAUUAAAUGAGUCGGAUAUACAAUUUUACCAAGUAGAAGGUAUUGGGUACGAUUUUGUACCCACCGUCUUAGAUAGAUCGGUUGUCGACGAAUGGGUAAAAACCGAAGAUAGUGAAUCGUUCCCUAUGGCAAGAAGGUUGGCUCGAGAAGAGGGUUUACUUUGCGGCGGUAGCAGUGGUUCUGCAAUGUGUGUUGCAUUAAAAGUUGCUCGUAAAAUGAAAAAAGGGCAACGGCUGGUUGUCGUACUCCCCGACGGUAUACGAAAUUACAUGAGCAAAUUCGUACAAAAUGAAUGGAUGGUCGAAAAAGGUUUUUCAAUUGAUGAACAGUGUAAAACCAAUAAAACACAAAAGUGAUUUUUUAAGUUGUGACAACUACGAAAACAUUUUAAUCAGAGUAUACGAAAUAUUUGAAAUCA